CUCGUUUAUUUUUAUGUAUGGAUGCUGUUUGUUGCCGUAGCGCAGCGGAAGUAGCGUGCUAGCAGAUCAAACGUUACCUCGCAUACAUAAUGUCAAGAACUUGAAAUCCGAUCAUUUUCAAGGACAUUUGAAGAAUUCUUUGACAGAGUUGGAGUAAACGAUCAGGAUGUUUCUCACGUUGAUGCGGCUCGGGAAGGGGAUCCCUGGAAAGCAGUGGAUCGGGAAGCAUCGCCGGCCGAGAGCCGUCACGUGGCAGAUGAAGCGCAACAUGUUAAGGCGGCUGGAGAGGGAAGCCGAGAACGAGUACUGGCUGAGCCGGUCCUACAUGACCCCGGAGCAGGAGCAGGGACACUCCGCCGAGCGCCGGCUGAACCGAUACUUGGACAUGAAGGCCGCGAGAACCUCCAACUUUCCUGAACACAGAUACAUCGCAGACCACCUUGGUCACCUCAAGAUCACAAAGAACUGGUGCAAUUAACGCCAAAACAGCGAAACCGUUCCCUGGAACGUCAGUGAUGCUACAUAGCUUGAUUCAGAUGUUCGCUAGCAUUCAUUGAGUUUUGCAUCAUUAACAGGUCUGACGUCCAGAUUUCAUUUUGAACUUGUUUUUGACCACGUUAAAUUCCAGAUGUUGCUUUCAUGCGUGUCAAAAUAAUCAGUGAAAAGUGAUAGGAACACUUGUAUUUAUGGUACAUUACAAAAUGUGUCCAUCUAUUAAAUAAAUGUCAGUUUAAUAAUGAAGUGGUUAGUAAGUUCAUUUAAAUUUUCACCUGUAGCAUUAAAAAUCCAUAUAAAUAUGGCUUUGAAUGCAGAGAACACCAACCAACAGUCCAGCCUCUUCCUGAGCUAGGUACUAAAUGUAUAUUGAAUAGAACUGUGUUACACUCCCAGUAACACUUCUUUAUAAUAAAAACUUAAAUGGGAAAUAGAAGAUUAAGUGUUAAAUUGCCAAAAAUAUAUUUCAGAAAAUUAAUUUAAACUAUAUAUUGUGGUAUGCAUGCAAGAAUUCAAUUCAAUUUAUUUUUGUAUAGUGCUUUUCACAGAAGACCAUCACAGAGACACUUUACAGAGUAACACAGGAGAGAAUUAAACAUAUCAGCCCUAAGCCCCCAAUAGCAUAUGAGCUAAACGACUCCCUUAGGGGAGACAAAAACCCUCAAACAGUGAACCAGGGUAUUUGGGAGAAUGUCAGUAUCACUAAGUUUUCAGUGCCAAUACGGGGGGGUGCAUCUCAAUGCUUCAAAUACUGAAAGGCACAUGCCCUAUGAUACAGCCUGAACCCAUGUUUGAUUAGCUAAAUUAGGAGGCAGGACAGUUAAAGUAAUCACAUUGAGUUGUUUAAUUCUUUAUUUAUCUGAUGCUGAACACUUGUUCCACAUGAAAAUAAUUUUAUUUGAAAUUCAAAAAUUUGUUUUGACAAUUAAAAAUAUCCUAUCUUGUAUUUUCACAUUAAAAUAAUAUUCCUGGGUUACAUUAAUAUAAUACAAAAUACAAUUAAAAAUAAUCUUUUUGAUGAA